UAGUUCCACAUGUGCGGUCAGCAAGUGAAUAUGAACCAGCAACAUAUCUUUGAUAUGGACUCCAUGGAAAGGGACAAUUUCCAGGUGUCCUACACACCUUCCACAUAAAACCACUGUGAAAACCUCACCUCAAGUUUCCGAUUCUACAAUCAUGCAUAAAAAAGAACUAGACGUUUCAAGAUAAUGAGAAAAAGACGGCAAAACAGUGACAUUUCAGAACCAAAGAAUGCACUGGAAGCAUCUUAUCUAAUUCUAGAGAGACUCUGCUAGCAUUCUCCCACAAGUUCAACGUUUGAUCCCAUUUUCUCAAAUUUGAGUCGGAAACAACCUAGUGAAAGAUCAGUUUCCUUCAUAUCAUGAUGAACGGCGCAGAUGAAAAGAACAGGUUAAAUUUAAAAGCCUCUUCGCGAGUCAGCAAAACGCAACUGCGCGGGCUAUUUAAACAAACGUCCGUAUUCCCUCCGAAACCAAUAAACUGUCAAAAGCCCAACUGCCUACUCCCCAGCUUUUAAUCAAAACUUGCAACUGAGAAGAAACCUUUCAUUCCAAUCAGUGAAAUAUGUCACCUGCACUUUCUCUUACUACAACUCAGUCCCCUGCCUUCAAAUGUCAGGAUAUCUCAAAAGACAAUCAUAGCAAGUUCUCCUCCAGGGACAACAAAAAUCAGAGACCAGCUUCAGAUGCCAAUAUUGCAAGAAGAAAGCUGCUGCAAUCUUUUAGCACAGGCCUCCUAGCGGCAGGGUUAUCUUCUGUUCAGCCAGUAAGAGCUGAACCAGAGAGCCCUCAAGAGUCUACAUCCAGCCGAAUGUCGUACUCAAGAUUCUUGGAGUACUUAAAUGAAGGCGCUGUGAAGAAGGUAGACCUAUUUGAGAAUGGCACCGUUGCCAUUGCUGAGAUAUCCAACCCGGCCCUAAACAAAAUUCAGAGGGUUAAAGUGCAGUUACCUGGGCUGCCACAGGAGCUGCUGAGAAAGCUGAAAGAGAAGGAAGUGGACUUUGCAGUCCAUCCUAUAGAACCAAAUUAUGGGCUUGCAAUUCUUGAUUUCCUCACAAAUUUUGGGUUUCCUUUGCUGCUCCUUGGUUCUUUGUUCUUGAGGAAUUCUUCGCUAAAUACUCCAGGAGGCCCCAACUUGCCCUUUGGCCUGGGAAGGUCUAAAGCAAGAUUUCAGAUGGAACCAAACACAGGAAUUACAUUUGACGAUGUAGCUGGAGUUGACGAGGCCAAGCAAGAUUUCAAAGAAAUUGUUGAGUUCUUGAAGUCACCUGAGAAGUUCGCUGCUGUUGGAGCAAGAAUUCCUAAAGGAGUUCUUCUAGUUGGCCCUCCUGGAACUGGUAAAACGCUGCUGGCUAAAGCCAUAGCAGGGGAGGCAGGAGUUCCCUUCUUUUCCUUGUCAGGUUCAGAAUUCAUUGAAAUGUUUGUAGGAGUUGGAGCAUCAAGGGUGAGAGAUUUGUUCAACAAGGCAAAGGCAAACUCACCAUGUCUAGUUUUCAUAGAUGAGAUUGAUGCAGUGGGAAGGCAAAGAGGGACUGGAAUUGGAGGAGGAAAUGAUGAAAGAGAGCAAACACUAAACCAGUUACUUACCGAAAUGGAUGGCUUCAGUGGGGAUAGCGGGGUUAUUGUUAUUGCCGCAACAAACCGACCUGAAAUUCUUGAUUCAGCCUUGCUUAGACCAGGGAGGUUUGACCGACAGGUGACAGUGGGGUUACCUGAUGUAAGGGGAAGAGAAGAAAUACUUAAAGUCCACAGCAGCAACAAGAAGCUUGACAAGGAUGUCUCUCUCAAUGUCGUGGCUAUGAGAACCCCAGGAUUCAGUGGUGCUGACUUGGCAAACCUCAUGAAUGAAGCAGCCAUUCUUGCUGGACGAAGAGGCAAAUCAAAGAUAACUUUGAAAGAGAUUGAUGAUUCUAUUGAUCGGAUUGUGGCAGGCUUAGAAGGAACCAAAAUGACUGAUGGGAAAAACAAAAUUCUGGUUGCUUAUCAUGAGAUUGGGCAUGCCAUCUGUGCGACACUCACUCCUGGGCAUGACCCAGUACAAAAAGUUACCCUCAUUCCACGAGGACAAGCUCGUGGUCUCACAUGGUUCCUACCAGGAGAAGACCCUGCUCUUAUCUCAAAGCAACAAAUUUUUGCUAGAAUAGUUGGAGGACUUGGUGGCAGAGCAGCGGAGGAAGUAAUUUUUGGGGAGUCAGAAAUCACAACAGGUGCAGCGGGAGAUUUGCAGCAGAUAACUCAGAUAGCAAGACAGAUGGUGACUAUGUUUGGAAUGUCUGAGAUUGGCCCGUGGGCAUUGAUGGAUCCAGCAGUACAAAGCAGUGAUGUAGUGAUGAGAAUGCUUGCAAGAAACUCAAUGUCCGAGAAGCUUGCGGAAGACAUUGACAAGUCAGUCAAAGCAAUCAUCGACAAGGCUUAUGAAAUUGCAAAGACUCACAUCAGGAAUAAUCGAGCUGCUAUGGACAAGCUGGUUGAUGUGUUGCUAGAAAAAGAAACUCUUACAGGAGAUGAAUUCAGAGCAAUUCUGUCCGAGUUCACAGAUUGUAAACCGGCAACUUUCAGCAUGGACAGUGCGCCAGAGCUUGUAGCAGCUUGAGUCGCCCAUCAAGAAAAUGUAGUUGUGAUGUAAAAGGAAGAGCUGAUCCUUAGUGAUCAUUAGGUCUAUGUAUAUGUGUUGAAACUUUAAAGAGAGUUUGUUCAAAUAAAUUGCAACUUAUUGCGUCCCCUUUGAAAAUCUCAGUAUCUUCUAUUUAUGAGCUUUCGAUGCACCAAUGUAUCUCAUAGAACUGACAUAAAAUAGCAUUUGUGGGCGCAAUCGAUGCAAUAGCUUAAACACUCUAUACAAAAGUCUGAAAUUACUUUGAGAAAGCACCCGGAUAAUACCUCUGAGAAA